UUAAAAGCCGAUUCCUUUAGCGCAGGUCUGUUCUGUCCUCUGGGACUACUAGUUGCUAGGCUAAUUGUAUUGUACUACAGUGCUAGUAGCCAGUUAUAGGGAUGGCCUUGGAGGUUGAGUGUGUGGUGUGCACGACUACUCGAGAUGAGUAGAGGAAGCACAGAGUCACAGACGGAGCGAAUGUUUUAUUUAUUCGAAUUUCGACAUGCAACAUUUUGUAAGUAGUUUAACUCUACAAUUGGACUCGGUGCAAAUGCUGAAAAUGUCUCGAUGGUAACCAGUAGCUAGCUCGCUUGAGGCAGGGAAAGAAAGCUCCCGGUGGUGCUCUGCUCCUAGCUAAACGAAUAAUAAAGGACUUCGAAAGGAAAUGGUCAAGAUGGCAGCUGCAUUCGGAAUGUGAAGGUGCUAGUAUUACAUUUUGAUGUCACCCGCAUUUUGGAAAUGGUAAAGAAACACGGGCAAACGGAACGCUAUUGAUUGAGUAGCUAACGUUAUCUAUUCAUUGAGGACGCUCUACACGCCAUUCCCAAGAUAAGGGAUUCAAUAUAAUUCCACCACCUAACGUAUGUAUUAACACAUUUUAUAUAUUUUAUUUUUAUUUUUACAAAGUACAAACAGACGCUGCAGUACUAGCUCAAUGCACAUUAAUGAAAAAAGGCUUUUAAGUCGCGCCAUCAAUUUUGCUGCGAUCAGCAGAGAGAAGACAGUCGACUGGACGCACGUGGGGUUCUAUCAGCUGGAGGUGUGGAAUUGUAUACCGAAUACAAGCGACAAACCAAGGAGAGGAAUAUGGCUGAAGUACCGCACAAUGAUAUUGACAUCGAUCCGGACUUCGAGCCCCAGAAACGACCGAGGUCUUGUACCUGGCCUCUGCCUCGACCGGAGUCCAACACAGGGAAGCCCGAAUCGAACGAUGACAUCAUCCCGGAGGACGAGGAGGAUUAUGUCACAGCGCCCAGCAUCUCUAGCUCCACUCCUGUCAACAAUUUGAAUGGUGGCAUAACUAUACCUCAGAACACAAAUAACUUAUCUGAACACCAAACCCUCCCCAUCACCACUAAGAAAGAAGUACUAACCCCAACUUCAAAAGAGGAGGCCGGGUCUUCACAGACGCAUGCUAUCACAGCUCUCAAUGGCCUGGCCUCCCAACCUAGGAAGUCCUCAACUCGGAGGAAUGCCUGGGGGAACUACUCCUAUGCGGACCUCAUCACCCAGGCCAUAGAGAGCUCCCCGGACCAGAGGCUGACGUUAGCCCAGAUCUAUGAUUGGAUGGUGAGAUCUGUCACUUACUUCAAGGACAAAGGGGACAGCAACAGCUCUGCAGGCUGGAAGAACUCCAUCCGACACAACCUCUCUCUCCACAGUCGUUUCAUGCGGGUGCAUAAUGAAGGAACAGGGAAGAGUUCCUGGUGGAUGGUCAACCCAGAGGUUGGGCAAGGUGGCAAAGCUCCACGACGACGGGCCGUAUCCAUGGACAACGGCAACAAGCUGAUCAAAGGUGCUCGAGGCCGAGCCGCGAAGAAGGCAUCUCUAGGCCUACAGACCUUCCAAGAUGGCAGCUCCGAGAGUUUAUCUCUGUCCUCUAGCCUGUCCAAGUGGACAGGAAGUCCCACGUCUCGCAGCAGCGACGAACUGGACACCUGGACAGACUUCAGGUCACGUACCAACUCCAACGCCAGCACGGUCAGUGGCCGCCUCUCCCCUAUCCUGGCCAACCCGGAACUGGACGAGGCUCUGGAUGACGACUCGAUCGCGCCCCUCCACUCCAGUCCCAGAAGAUUGUCCCCCUCCACCGCCACCCUCGGUCUGGGCGACAUGGCCCUUACUAUGAACCUCAACGACGGGCUCCCUGACCACCUGAUGGGUGACUUUCUUGACAACAUCAGCCUUACGGCGUCCCAGCAGCCCCAGGGGCAGGAAGUGGAGAGCAGAACCAAUCAGACGGGGAGCUCAGUGUUUACCUACACAUGUCCAGGAAGCCGCAGUAGUCUGGUCAUCCCGUCCUCCGGCAGCUUCGGCCCUCCCGGCACCAUCUUCCUGCUCAGCUCCACACCCUCCUCAGUGGCCUCCCUACGUCAGUCCCCCAUGCAGACCAUCCAGGAGAACCACCAAGCUUCCUUCUCCUGCCUGUCCUCUCGUUUCAACAACCACCACACUCUGCAAGACCAAAUGAACCUGGAGACCCAUGGCAGCCAUGUCAGCGACGUCAUGCUCACACACUCUGACCCGAUGAUGUCACAAGCCAGCGCCUCUGUCACUUUGUCCCAGAAUUCCCAGCGGAAUGCUAUGCUUCUCCGCAAGGACCCUAUGUCAUCAUCAAUCCGGGACUGUGCUGCAGGUCCAAAUUCACAGACUCUCCCAGUGCCCGGUUGGUGGGCUCAGGCUGGCUUGUCAACACUUGACAAUGAAGUCUUGUGCUCAAGCAAUGAAUUGGCCCAGCAGGCCAACCAGAUUCUCCAGCACCUCCCAUCUCCCAGUAGAAAUUAUUGUAUGCAGCUUGGUGGCUCUGGUACCAACGGCAGAUCUGGAAGCCUUUUGCAGUUGAAUGCUCAGGACCACUUCCCAUCAGACCCUGAUCUGGAGGUGUUCAACGGCAGGCUGGACUGUGACAUACGUAAUGAGCUGAUGGACGCUGACUGCCUUGGCUUAUGUUUUGACCGCUCUCCCCUGCGCUCUGGUACUCCGACCACUAAUAACUUAAGUACAGCAGGGGGAUUCUCCAGCUCCAAACAAACCUCUUCUUCCCCAAGCUGGGUUCCAAGUUAGCGGAGGUACUGUCCUACCCAGUGCCCGGUUUCAGAACAGUGUCAGGGUUGGGGACAGUUUGAAUUUCAGUCAAGGUAAUUCAAUGGAAUUUGUGUACUUGCUGAAUUGACAUGGAAUUGAACCCAACCCUGAUCAGUAUAGAGAGUGAUCAUUGCAGGUGAGCUUUCAUAACUCAUGCAUAUUGUGCAACUUGAUUGUAUAGCAGGGCUAAGUGUCAAGUAUUCAAUGAUUUUCUUGUUUUUAUUAUCAGGCAUUACAUAUCUAGAACUGCAAGUGUCUGGAAGACAAGAUGGUGAUGAGCUUCUUUUUAUCCUUAACCAUGUUCCAAAAACAAGGAGGCUUGAGUCUGCUUUCAGGGCAUGUAUUCACAAACCGUCUGCCAGUAGAAGGGAUGAUCUAGGACCAGGUCCUCACUCUUAUUCAUAGUGAUCUGAAAGGCAAAAACUGAUCUUAGAUUAGCACUCGUGCUUUGUGAAUACAGGCCCUGGACUGUAGAGCUGUGUCUAGUCUGUUGGAAGUUGGGACAGUGACAAUUAGUUUUUCUUUUUUUUAAAUAAAAUAAAACAAACAUUUUUAACACCAGUGUUAUCAGUGGGAUUUUAGAUAUGUAAAUGUGAAAGACACUGCUUUUAAGUCUCAGGGAUUUGUCCUUAUGUGGUGGAUUGUAAACACUUUUUUACCCUGCUUUCCCAUGUCAUAUUUCUUAACCAUACAUGAACCAACACAAUAUUUUGACCAAACCAUUUGUCAGUCCAGUGGUUGACUGCCUGUUUACAUCUAACAAGCUCCAGCGAAUGUGACCUUGUAGAUACUCCAUUCAGCUUUUUGUGCUUUUACUGCUGUGUUCUCAGCAGAAAAGAGGACAAACUAAACAAUUGUUUUUGAAAAGCCUUGCAUCAGUGCACAAUUCCAUACACCUAUAUAAUAAUGAGUAAUAUCAAGUCCAAGGUAAUCCACAUUGUGUUAAUUGUACUGUAUGUAACUUGUGUUUUAAUUUUCUUCAGUGAUUUUAGUAUUCAAUACUCCUGUGAUAAACCCUCAAGGAUGACAAGUUUCUGCUUGUAAAGGGGGGGGGGACCUGAUCCUAGAUCAGCACUCCAAAUCUGACAUUUUUAUAACUGUCCAUGUAGAAUCAGAAGCAAUAAACUCUCAAUGUCCUGAAUUAUUGCCCAAAAAAUAUGAAGUCAAUAUUUUGAGUACAUUUCUCACAUGGAGUAGGAUUACGUGAAGUGACGUUAACUAACUUCAUAGCAACACCGAAGGAGGUCUUGGUAAUUAAUUGUGAUGGAUUUAAACUCCUAAUACAUCUUUAGAACACAGUGAUUGGUUUCGGGAUGGUUAACCAUUUGACAGGCUGUUUUUAUGCUGAAACAAGUUGUUUGUAUCAUUAAAGGGGCAAUCUGCAGUU